UCGUGUGUGCAGCGAGCCAUGGAGCGCGUCAUGGGAGGAGGAAUGCUGCCGCUGGUUCUAGCGAGUGUCGGGGUCUUGCUGUUGUACCGGAUAAUUUCCCGCCUCAGACCAGGAGCUGCUCUGCAGGAUGCUGUGGUGGUCAUCACAGGGGCCAGCUCUGGACUGGGGAAAGAGUGUGCGCAGGUUUUUCAUGCUGCAGGUGCACGGCUUGUUCUGUGUGGUCGAGAUGCAGCCCGUCUGCAGCAGGUCGUCCAGGAGCUCACUGCAAGUUCAACAGGCGCACAGCAGAAGACUCAUGUUCCCAGAACUGUCGUGUUUGACCUGGCUGACUCGGACACAGUGGACAGAGCUGCAGAGCAGAUCCUGAAAUGUUAUGGACAAGUGGAUGUCCUUAUCAAUAACGCCGGAAUCAGUUACCGCGGAAACAUCCUGGAUACCCAUCUUUCGGUUCAACGGGACGUCAUGGAGACAAAUUACUUCGGCCCCAUUGCUCUGACUCAGGCUCUCCUGCCCUCCAUGGUCCGCCGGCGUAGCGGCCACAUCGUGGUCAUCAGCAGCAUCCAGGGCAAGAUUGCCAUCCCAUACAGAUCAGCUUAUGCAGCCUCGAAACACGCCACCCAGGCCUUCUUCGACUGCUUACGGGCAGAGAUCGAGUGCUACGGGAUUCCAGUGACCGUGAUCAGCCCCGGUUACAUCCGAACCAACCUGUCCGUCAAUGCCGUCACUGGGGACGGCUCCAAGUACGGAGUUUUGGAUAAAACCACAGCUAUGGGUUGGGAUCCCAAAGACGUGGCUCUGGCAGUUCUGAAGGCCGUCCGUCACAGGAGCAGAGAUGUCGUUUUGGCAGAACCUCUGCCGACCUUGGCCAUCUACCUUCGCACGCUGUGGCCCGCGCUCUUCUUCAAACUCAUGGCCUCUCGUGCUCGCAAGGAGCAGAAACUGAAAGACCGAUGAAGGCUGAUGCAGCUGCGGAUUAAGUUUUUUGUCACAUGGACCAAAACUUAACACUGACUGCAGCACACGGAGGCCGAAUGAACAUGUGAUGUGAACAGAAGCUUUUCUUAAGUGACACAGUUUGAAGUGUUACUAGUAGAGAAUCAGAAACUUGACCAGACUGUGUUUAUUUAUUUCAGGAACUAACCUUGUUCUCGAGCUCAUCGCCGUUUUAACGUCAUCUGGUAAAUCCUUUACUGACAGAUCCCAGAGCUCUCCUGUGACAACACUGUGAUGCUGCUUUCUGAAUUGACUCUGUGUCAUGGACGUUACAUGACAAGGGAUUGUUUUGGUUUACUAGUUUUGAUGUAAGAUAACUUUUUUUUAAUGCAGAGAAACCACUCAGCUUACUCUGGAAAAGAGGACAAAACUUAACUUUGAUAACCAAGGCCCAACAUUCCCCUUGAAUUGAAUUUAAUUAAUUUACUUUGCACACAUACAUAGAUAUCACUCUCAAAUUGCCUGAUUAUUUUCAUCAAGAUUCACGAAUGAUUCUCUGGGAAAUUAUAAUGUCAAAAUUUGCUGAAGUUUCAAGGAAAUCGGUUGAGUAGAUUUUGUGUCAUUCGGCUGAAUGAAAACGUUACGACCUCGGUGGAGGGAUUGACCCAAAGGCCACAUGCUUCUCUGUAAAUCGUAACAUUUGAACUUUGAUCACAAAUUAAACACAAUGAAUACAAGAAACCAU